GUCAGCUCUGCAGUCACUGAUGCGGAUCUAGUGGUAGCAGCAGUGCUAUCUGGAAAUAGGAAUUUCGAGGGACGAGUUCACCCUCUUACCAGAGCUAACUAUCUGGCUUCACCUCCCUUGGUGGUAGCCUAUGCAUUGGCUGGAAAAGUGACUAUCGAUUUUGAUAAGGAACCGAUCGGCCAAGGUACCGAGGGCCCUGUGUAUUUGCGGGACAUCUGGCCGAGCAGUGAGGAGAUAGCAAGAGUCGAGAUGGAGUGUGUACGGCCGGAAAUGUUCAGAGAAAACUAUGCUAAGGUUGUGAGCCAAAAUAAGAGGUGGAACGAUCUGCAUGCUCCAGCUGGGAAGCAGUUCGAGUGGAGAGACGAUUCGACCUACAUCACUAAUCCGCCUUUUUUCGCUAAGACUGAGCUCACCCCGACUCCUCUAGAGUCUAUCAAAGAUGCUUACUGUCUGCUCAACCUCGGUGACUCGAUCACUACAGACCACAUCUCGCCCGCUGGGAAGAUCACUGCUGAUUCACCUGCUGUAAGAGUUCCUCUCGAACAGGACAGGUUCACGGUGCUUAUAGGGUCGCUAUCUGAUCGAGCACGGAGUGGAGCCUAA